AUAAAAUAUAUUUGAAAAAAAUAUUUACAUGCCAACACCAUUUAAAAAAGUCGAAAAUGGUUGAUGCUUUUGAUAAUAUCUUGAAACUAAGGUAUGAGCACAUCGAGAACGCGUACGACUUCACAUGUGAAUAUGCGAGUAAAAAGCUACUAUUAUGCGACUUUCAAAUAGGAAAAACUCAUAAAUAUCGCAGAAAAAAAGGUUAUCAGUAAAUAAAGCAAUUGAUGUAUCGACUUUAUGGAAUAAUCUCUACGAAUUGAUAUUACAUGAAUUGUGCGUGCAACUGUAUUAUAAAUAGAUAAUUGCUAAAGAUGUUUUGUAAUUGUAAUGCGAAUAAAUUCUUACAUAUCUAUAUACUGUUAAUAAUCACUUUCAUGGCACAUGGAAAUGGAAAUUUUUUCAAUGUUCGCAAUCGUAACUAUGAUGCGCAGAGAAAUACGGACAGGGAAAACAAUAAAUUAAAAAUAAAAGGUGAUGUUAAUAAUCCUUUGGUUGAAGACAGAGCUGCGAGUGCCGUGGGUGAAGUUUUCGUUCCUAAAACGUUUCCUUUAAGUUCUCAAGAGCCAUCAUGCGAACAGCUGCGCGCAAUGUGGAUAUUCUCCAAGCGACAAUCCCGAGCAGCGGAAAUUACAAAUGAAAUACCAACGUACCGGGACCCCUUUACAUAUAAUGUCUGGGAGCCACUCUACUCAAAUGCACGAGUUCUUGGCUCAAUACGUAUGGGAGGCAGAGAGCGUGCCCGCUCUCCCGUGUUUGGACGAGUUAUUAAUCGGGAGCCUACAAUUCCCCUUCGACCUAGUUUGGAGCAACGUCAACGACUUGUUGAUGGAAAUGUCGGAGGGGCCACUAAUAGUGUAUCUAGUACUUCUACUCAGGCUCGACUUUUUGGUGCCGAAUCGAGACCUGUGAGUGCGGGUAGUAGCUCCUCGUCCCCACGCCGAACCAGUAAAAAUAGAUAUAUGGGAGUACCUACCAGUUCUGUGGCUAAUAUGCCCGGAAACCUAAAUUCUGUGGCUGUACAGGGAAGUUUUCAAAAACUUAAAGAACUUAUUUGGACGGAAAGAGCAAAAGAAUUGACUCAACAACGACGCGCCGAAGAAUUGGCUGCACGAGCGGCUGUACUUAAAGAAAUUGCGAAUGGUCAAAAUAUACAAGCAUCAUAUAAACCAGCUUUUAGCAUGCAUUCGGACUCUAUUCUAAUGGAUGAGAAUCGCACUCCGGAUAGAAACGCCAUACAUGACGAGCGCAUGUCUAUUGUUAGUGAUCAGAGGUUUGGAAGUAACCACAACAAAAAUGGCCACAGAAACAUCGUCAGCACUGCAGCCACAAUACGGCGCAUUGGCAAUUCGUAUGCCACUGGCACUGCUUUCAGCCAUAAAGACAGUGGUACAGGAGCUGGCUCCAUAUUUUCUUUAAAUGUAAACCCAAGUAAUCAAAAAACAAAUUCUCGCUUAAAAAUACCAGCCACUGAGCUGAGGGUCGAUAACCUAUCUGAAAAUAAUCAGGCAGUUAUUGGUAUACCAAGAACAUAUCCAAUACGACAAUCAUACUUCAGAGAAAGGAAUCGUUCACUUUUAAAACAGAAUUCGCCAAAUGAUUAUUUCCAACGGAGCAUAAGAAAACUAAAAUAUCAACAGCCGGUCGAAAUUGAAGAUAUAAUGCUACGCGACAUUACACCUGGAGAUGAUAUUGAGAUUAUUACCAGUCCUUUAUACAUGGAUUACAAUAAUAAUGAUCCAAGAGUUACAGGAAUAAGACCUUUUCCCCUUUCGACACUGAAUACCGAUAUUUAUGAAUACAAUGACUAUUAAUGCAAAAAAAAUUAAAUUAAAAGUGCUGACAAUAAGAAUGAACGAGAAUUAAAAAGUAACUUUGGAUGAAAAUCAAUAAAUUCAAUCAUUAAAUAAUGGCACGUAAACAAUUAUAAUAGAAAAACCGUCUGUUGGGCAUAAUGUUUAAAAAUGUUUCACAAAAAUUAAAUGUAAAUACAGAAAACUCAAAAAUACUAAGCUCAGUUAAAUAUUUGAAGAG